CGACCAAAACAAGGGAAAAAACACUAGAGAUAGGUAUAGAGAGAGAAAGAGUUUCUAGAGAGAGAAAGUGAAAGGGAUGGAGUAGACGAAUAAACAGAGACCUCUCAAAAGGAGCUUUGAAUGUGAUAAAAAGGCAGAGGAAGGAAGAUAAGUGAUUGAUCUGAGCUUGGUUGGAUUUUUCAUUCUUUUCGAGCUUCUUUGGAUUUACUGACUAGUGUUCAAGAGUUACAGUUUUUAUAGAUACAGAUAAGAUAUGCUUCAGUUUGAUCUCUAAUGGAGACGCCCCCAGCGGAGGAGCUUCUGAAGAAGAUCGAACACUUGGAGGCGGCACACGCGGACCUCCAAGAUGAGAUGUCUAAGCUUAAAGUCUCCGACGCAAACCGUUGGGAGCAGCAAAGGCAGAGGUCGCAUUCCAUAUCUCCUCAACGGUCGGGGCCGAGGAGAAGAGGCGGUGGUAUCGGAAUAGAAAAUAUCGCCGCCAGGAAGAAGAAUUCUGCUUCGUUCAGGCAUUCGUCUCCACUUCAAAGAGAGAGCAGGGGAAGUCGCGAUACACUUAAUAAUGCUAAUAGUGCCAGUGGUGGACCUUCUGCUGUGAAUUUCACUGAUAGACAGUACUUGAAUAUAUUGCAGUCCAUGGGACAAUCUGUGCACAUAUUUGACCUUAAUGGUCGCAUCAUCUAUUGGAACCGAACAGCUGAGCGCCUCUAUGGUUAUUCUGCGGUGGAGGCUUUAGGCCAAGAUGCCAUUGACCUGCUUAUAGAUCCCCAGGCUUUUCCUGUAGCAAAUAAUAUAGUCCACCGGGUUUCUAUGGGCGAGAGCUGGACAGGGCAGUUCCCUGUCAAGAACAAACGUGGGGAGAGAUUCAUGGCAGUUGCGACCAAUACUCCUUUCUAUCAUGAUGAUGGUACAUUGGUUGGAAUAAUAUGUGUAUCUAGUGAUUCGCGGCCCUUUCAAGAAAUGGGGGUUGCAUUUGUGGAUGGAAGGAACUUGGAAAAUGAUUCAAGCUUUAGCCGGGGUAGAAAUCUCAUAACAAGUAAACUUGGUCUUGAUCCUCAGCAGCCUUUACAAGUUUCGAUUGCAUCGAAAUUAGCAAAUUUGGCAUCCAAGAUGAGCAACAAAGUCAAGACAAAGAUUCGAACAGGAGAUAAUGUCAUGGAUCUUGAAGGAGGGAGUGGAGGUAACCAUCAGUCUGAUCAUGGAUUCUCUGAUGCUGCUCUCGGAGACCAGAGGGAGGAUGCUAAUUCAAGUGGAGCUAGCACCCCAAGAGGAGAUGUACAUCCAUCUCCUUCUGGUGUAUUUUCACACGUCGAAGAGAAAAUCCCAGUCAAACCCUCCAGGGGUUCUGGUGAUGAAGGUGAUGGAAAACCUGCAAUUCACAAGAUCAUUACCUCCAAGGCAGAAGAAUGGAUUGGUAAGAAGGGAUUUUCAUGGCCAUGGAAAGGUAAUGAACGUGAUGGGCAAGAUGCACAAACUACACGUUUUGCAUGGCCUUGGUUGCACAAUGAUCAAGAGAACGAGUCAAUGAAUGAUAGGAUUCCCUCUUCUGGCGUCAAGCUUGAAACUCAGUUGAAGGAAAACAAUCGACCUGCCAAUAAUGAGGCCUCGGGCUCCUGGACGUCCUCGGCCAAUGUUAACAGCACAAGCAGUGUCAGCAGCUGUGGCAGUACCAGCAGCAGUGCUGUUCACAAGGUGGACAUGGACACUGACUGCUUGGAUUGCGAAAUCUUGUGGGAAGACUUGACUAUUGGAGAACAAAUUGGGCAAGGUUCUUGUGGAACUGUAUAUCAUGCCCUGUGGUAUGGAUCAGAUGUUGCUAUCAAGGUAUUCUCCAAGCAAGAAUAUUCAGAUGAUGUUAUACAUUGCUUUAGACAAGAAGUUUCAGUUAUGAAGAGACUUCGACAUCCAAAUAUUCUGUUGUUUAUGGGAGCUGUGACUUCGCCUCAGCGUCUCUGUAUUGUUACGGAGUUCCUCCCUCGUGGAAGUUUGUUUCGCUUACUACAGAGAAGCACUUCCAAACUAGAUUGGAGACGACGCAUUCAUAUGGCCUUGGAUGUAGCACGGGGUAUGAACUAUCUUCAUCAUUGUAAUCCACCUAUCAUUCAUCGUGAUUUGAAGUCAUCGAAUCUUCUUGUUGAUAGGAACUGGACAGUGAAGUUCUCAGCUGCACAGGUUGGUGAUUUUGGCAUGUCUCGUCUUAAGCAUGAAACAUAUCUCACAACUAAGACAGGAAGAGGAACGCCUCAAUGGAUGGCACCAGAAGUUCUUCGUAACGAACCCUCAGAUGAGAAGUCUGAUGUUUACAGCUACGGAGUCAUAUUGUGGGAGCUUGUCACUGAGAAGACACCCUGGGAUAGCCUCAACUCAAUGCAGGUGAUUGGAGCUGUGGGGUUCAUGAACCAAAGGUUGGAGAUCCCAAAAGAUGUGGAUCCGCAUUGGACUUCUAUAAUAGAGAGUUGCUGGCACAGUGAUCCACAGUGUCGGCCAAGCUUCCAGGAAAUUCUGGAGAAGCUUAGGGACCUGCAGAGGCAAUGCACCAUUCAAAUCCAGGCAGCCAGGUCCACAGCUGGAGAUAGAACCCAAAAGGAGUCGUAGAACCUACACAUUUUUUGGGAGUCUCCUCGUUGGGAACAACUGCACUUGUUGCUUAAAAGCAGGCGACGAAAACAGAUUGCCGACCACAAAUUGUUUGGGAACCAUACAAAGAAAGUGAGAGUAGUUGUUGAACAUGUGAUGUGAGUUGCCCUAAUCUUGUGUGAUAUUUGUUUAUCAACUGACAUCACUAGAAUCUUGGAAAAAUCUGCCAGUGGUGCUGUGUGAUUCAGAGUUGCAGUUGGCUGGGUUCUGUCCGCCGAUGGUGAUAUCAUUAUAUCUAGCAUGUUGUUAGGUCCACGUAGAAAGUUGUACAGUAUAAUUUUUCAAUGGUUAAUAUAGGGUGAAAAUGAUGUGGAGUUUUCUAUUCUGCAUUGUCCAAUUUAAAUGGCCAUUCUCAUCACACCACGCUUAUUGUUUUGGGGCAAAACACUAUAACUAGUGGGGAGAAGUUUCCAUG